AUGUGGCCCUUUAGCAGCACAACAUUUGUCCCGGCAACAGCCAUCAAAAGCCUCGCCGGCAAAGUCAUCCUCGUCACCGGCGGCAACAAUGGGAUUGGGAAGGAGACGGUGCUGCAGCUCGCGAAGCACAACCCUCGAAAGAUUUAUCUCGCGUCCAGGACGGAAUCCAAAGGACACGACGCCAUCUCAUCCAUUCAAUCGCAGACCUCGCAAAAUGUUGACAUUGAGUACCUCCCCUUGGAUCUCACCUCGUUACCAUCGAUCAAGAAGGCUGCCGACCAGGUCAUCAGUCACAGUGACCGCCUGGACAUCCUCAUUUUGAACGCCGGGAUUAUGGCUGUCCCACCCGGGAAGACGGCUUCAGGACAAGACAUUCAAAUGGGCACCAAUCACGUCGGACACUUCUUGUUGACGAAACUGCUCCUCCCGACCCUGCAGAGAACCGCGAACGAGCACAACGCCGAUGUGCGCGUCAUUUCCGUCUCUUCGGAAGCGCAAAACAUGGCCCCCGACCUCGACACGAUCCUCUCGACGGAAAAGCUGGCGGCGACUGGGCCUUGGACUCGAUAUGCAGCCUCUAAAGCCGCCAAUAUCGUGUUUGCCGCCGAGUUGGCCCGACGGUACCCAGCACUGACCAGCGUUUCACUGCACCCGGGCGUCAUCAAGACGGACUUGUAUCUCCCAAACGCGCAGACCAACGCGAUAGUUAGAUGGGGGGCCAGGAUCGUCGGCCCUGUGUUGUUUGGUACCGUCCAGACGGGUGCCCUGAAUCAACUCUGGGCAGCCGCGGGCGCGAAGAAGGAAGAACUGGUCAAUGGCGGGUACUACACCCCUGUUGGCAAGCACAGGACGAACAAGUGGUCCACGGACGCUGAUGCCGGGCGCAAACUCUGGGAAUGGACAGAGAAUGAGCUGAAGACAGCCGGGUAUUGA